CGUCCCAGGGGAGGAGAGGCGUCUGCGGGGGGCAGAGACCGCAGCUACCUGCCGGGUGCGCCCCCCGCCCCGGGCACGCAGGCGUUCGUCCCCCCUUUCUCUCCCGCUCCCACCUCCUCAUUGGUGCUGGUUUGCAGCGCUCGGCUCCUGCGCCUUCGCUUCGCGUUUGAAUCUGGCUCGCCCCUCCGUAUUAUGUCUGCACUCCGAAGGAAAUUUGGGGACGAUUACCAGGUAGUGACCACCUCGUCCAGCGGCUCGGGCUUGCAGCCCCAGGGGCCGGGCCAGGGCCCGCAGCAGCAGCUUGUGCCCAAGAAGAAGCGACAGCGGUUCGUGGACAAGAACGGCCGGUGCAAUGUCCAGCACGGCAACCUGGGCAGUGAGACGAGCCGCUACCUCUCGGACCUCUUCACCACCCUGGUGGACCUCAAGUGGCGCUGGAACCUCUUCAUCUUCAUUCUCACCUACACCGUGGCCUGGCUCUUCAUGGCGUCCAUGUGGUGGGUGAUUGCCUACACUCGGGGCGACCUGAACAAAGCCCACGUCGGCAACUACACGCCCUGCGUGGCCAACGUCUAUAACUUCCCUUCGGCCUUCCUCUUCUUCAUCGAGACCGAGGCCACCAUCGGCUAUGGCUACCGCUACAUCACCGACAAGUGCCCCGAGGGCAUCAUCCUCUUCCUCUUCCAGUCCAUUCUCGGCUCCAUCGUGGACGCCUUCCUCAUAGGCUGCAUGUUCAUCAAGAUGUCCCAGCCCAAGAAGCGCGCGGAGACCCUGAUGUUUAGCGAGCACGCGGUGAUCUCUAUGAGGGACGGAAAACUCACGCUCAUGUUCCGAGUGGGCAACCUGCGCAACAGCCAUAUGGUCUCCGCGCAGAUACGCUGUAAGCUGCUCAAAUCUCGGCAGACACCUGAGGGUGAGUUCCUUCCCCUUGAUCAACUUGAACUGGAUGUAGGUUUUAGUACAGGGGCAGAUCAACUUUUUCUUGUUUCCCCCCUCACGAUUUGCCACGUGAUUGAUGCCAAAAGCCCCUUUUAUGACCUAUCCCAGCGAAGCAUGCAAAGUGAACAGUUCGAGAUUGUCGUCAUCCUAGAAGGCAUUGUGGAAACAACUGGGAUGACUUGUCAAGCUCGAACAUCAUACACUGAAGAUGAAGUUCUUUGGGGCCACCGUUUUUUCCCUGUAAUUUCCUUAGAAGAAGGAUUCUUUAAAGUUGAUUACUCCCAGUUCCAUGCAACAUUUGAAGUCCCCACGCCACCUUACAGUGUGAAAGAACAGGAGGAAAUGCUUCUUAUGUCGUCCCCUUUAAUAGCACCAGCCAUAACUAACAGCAAAGAAAGACAUAAUUCUGUGGAAUGCUUAGAUGGACUAGAUGACAUUAGUACCAAACUUCCAUCUAAGCUGCAGAAAAUUACUGGAAGAGAAGACUUUCCCAAAAAACUCUUGAGAAUGAGUUCUACAACUUCUGAAAAAGCCUACAGCUUGGGCGAUUUGCCCAUGAAACUUCAACGAAUAAGUUCAGUACCUGGCAACUCAGAAGAAAAACUGGUAUCUAAAACCACCAAAAUGUUGUCUGAUCCCAUGAGCCAGUCGGUGGCUGAUUUGCCACCAAAGCUUCAAAAGAUGGCUGGAGGAGCAGCCAGGAUGGAAGGGAAUCUUCCGGCAAAACUAAGAAAAAUGAACUCUGAUAGAUUCACAUAACCAAACACCCCUUCAGGCAUUAUUUACUGUUUGAUUUGGUAAUAGUCCAAUAUUUGGCUGAUGAGGUAAUCCUCUUUAAGGAAUCUGAAAGGUACAUUUUUUCCCCCAGUCAUAUAUACGUAUUUAAGAACCUUCCUUUUCAAGUAUUACUAAUGUGCAAAAGAUAAAGUUGUAAAGGGAGGACAUCAGAAGGAAGUUCUUAUUAACGGGCAUGUAUUAUCACAUCAAGCAUGCAAUAAUGUGCAAAUUUUACAUUUAGUUUUAUGGCAUGAUUUAUAUAUGGUAUAUUUAUAUUGUAUAUUAUGGAAAAUGUAUAUAUAUAUAUUUAAAGGGGUAGUACCCUGCACAACAUUUCUAACAUACGUAUUAAGCCAAACAUGAAUUGAUAGCUUUCAGGGUGAUAAAACUAUAUAUAUAUAUGUGUGUGUGUGUACACAUAGUUUUAUAUAUACACACACAUAUAUGUACAUAUAUAUACAUACACAUACACACACGUACAUACAUAUAUCUGAUAAAAUUGUGAUGUUUUGUUCAAAGCUGUAGUUCUUGUGCAUGUUUACUUUAUUAGGCUAGGAAGGCUUCUGGCAUUAAUUAUUAAUACCAAAUAUUUUAGCCUUAAAUUAUUUGUCAUUUUAAAAUCUGAUUUAAUGUUUUCUGCUGUUUAAGGUCCUGGAAGGUUUUCAGUUGUUCUUUAUACGAGGGAGUCACACAAGUCUGUGCUACUUAUGGCCCUGCAAAAAUAUAACCAUUAUAUGUUUAACUUGUAAAUUUUGAAGCAUACUAAUACACUGACAAUUUCUUAUGAUUUUUAAAAGUUGCUAGUACUGGGAAAAAAUAAAUAUUGCCAUUUUGAGAGUUGGUCCUUUCCUGGACUGAUUAAAGUCUGGUAAUCUCUUUUACAUAUGAUCUAAUACAAAUAUGAGCUCUGAACAAAUGUUGAAUCACUGUAAUAGUCAGUAGCGAAGUUAUAUUGAAUAUAUUGGAAUCUGUGUGAAAUUACAUAAUUAAUGGUCCCUGUUUCAAACUGAGUCAAUUGGUAACAUUUUCACUCUUUUUCUCAAACUUUUGUCAUUUUAAAAAUAAGUAAUUUAUCUUUGAGGAGAUAAAACAAUACAAUGAAACAGAUGAUAGGUAUUUAUGUGUAAAAUA